GUCAACACCCUGAAUCACUGACAUGCUAUCUGAUGGAGAGGAAGAGAAGAGAGAGAGGAGAUGGGUAGAGGAAUACACAUUAAAUACUACCACAAUCCACACUCACUCCAUGAAGAACUAAAGAGGAAAUAAGACAGGUUGAAGGUUCCCUCUCUCUCCCUUCAUCAUGUCGUUUCUGUCCAGAGUGAGGUCCCCCAAGCUCACCUUCUUCCAGACACUGGUGUCUCUGGUCCUGGGGGCAAUGGCCCUCUUGUCCUCCUACUGGUGUGAGGGCAGUCAGAAAGUCCCCAAGCCCCUCUGCUCGGCCAACAAACUGACCAAAUGCAUCCCUGUGCCCGGGGUCUCGCAUAACUCCACCUCCAUCCAGUUCUCCUGGGAGACGGGGGACGACCGCUUCGUCUUCCCUGCCUUCCAUGCAGGCAUGUGGAUGAGCUGUGAGGAGAACAUCUACACCGACGCCUGGGAGGAAAAGUGUCGCAGUUUUCUUUCUUUAACUCCAGGAGGUGAAAAAGGAAUGUUGUGGCUGUCAGUGUCGAUGGAGCUCAUGUAUGUUGGGCUGCUGUGUAUCAGCUGUGUGCUGCUGUCUCUGCAGUUGUGUCUGGAUGCCUUUUGGCCCUCACAGCGCUGGGGACAGCUCCUCAAUGCCUACUCCGCAGUCUUCACUAUCUUAGGAGGGUUACUGGGAAUGGUGGCUCACAUGAUGUUCAUGCAGGUGUUUCAGACUACUGCCUCUAUGGGUCCAGAGGACUUCAAACCACACAGCUACAGCUACUCCUGGGCCUUUUAUGUGGCAUGGCUGGCCUUUACCUGCUGCAUGUUGUCAGGAGUCUCCACCCUCAACAACUACACCAAGAAGGCUGUAAUGGAGCGGAGGCGUAAAGCCCGCCUGUACCCCCCUCGAUUCCCUGACAUAAAGCCCCUGCUACCCCCGGCCCCCUGCUACUGCCCUCUGCCACCACACCCCUGCAUGUCCUUACCAUCCGCAGAACUCUCACCCCCGUCGCCCUACUUUGACCCCCCUUCGCCACCCCCACCCUCAUCACCCCGUCCACUCACCCACUCCCUAUCCCUCCCCCACUGCUACACACUCCCCCACCCUGAAUACUUACCACCUCCCCCGUCCCACCCUGCUCCCCUGUCCCCCUAUCACCGCCACUCCCUCCCCUCUCCCUCCAUCUCUCUGCCCCUCUACGUCCACAGUUACAUACCCCAGUACUACUCAGAGGACAGGGGCAGAGAUAUGGAGGAAGAGGGGAGGGAGUACUCAGAUGAGGAGUACAGCCCACUUUGA